AUGGAUAAUUGCACACAUAUUGAAUGUGAUAUUCGUCGACUUAAUGAGGAUGAAUUUGUCCUGGUGGAAAUUUAUGCUCGUUUAGCUGUAAAUACUUUAAUUGAUAAUAAUAUUUAUGAAGCAGAUAUCUCAUCAAUUGGUAUAGCUAAAAUAUCAGCAUUACCAAGUGCGCCACGUUAUAAUCCACCAGCGCAACUUGUUGCGGUAACAACAGAUGUAAAUCCAACAGAUCCAGAACAAGCGAAACGUGGUGUACCAUGGUGGUUAUAUUUAAUUGCAAUUCUUAUUGGAUUAGUCAUUUUGGCGCUUCUUAUCCUAUGUCUUUGGAGGUGUGGCUUCUUUAAACGUCAUAGACCACCAACUGAACAAGCUACUUACAAUACAAAUGCCAAAAAUAUGGAUAUGUAUGCAGAUAGUCAAGUACGAUUUGCUCAUCCUCAUAUGUACUCAGAGGAGCGACACGGUAUUCGAGUAUAA